UCACAGAUAGAAAUCUGACAACGUCAUUUAUUCGAAAAUGAAUCAACUGAAUAUUGACACUAUUUAUGUCCUAGCGUUAGCAUUUUUUACUUUAUGGUCAGCCCUAUGGAUUGUACAUAUUUUAGCAAUCUUACACGGUAAAUUUCGGCUCCAUCGAAAAAAGACUGAAAUCUGCACCGAAGACAUGUAUCCCGGUGUUUCCAUUCUGAAACCGUUGACUGGCAUCGACCCCAACUUGGCGGAAAACCUAGAGUCUUUCUUCACUCUCGCAUACCCCCGUUACGAAAUCCUGUUCUGCGUGGAAAACGACAAGGAUCCCGCCCUGAAGAUCGUGCAAGAACUGAUGGAAAAGUAUCCGAACAUAGUGACGAAAGUGUUCAAAGGCGCCUCCAAAGUAGGCGCUAAUCCGAAGAUAAAUAACAUCUACAAGGCGUUUCAAGAUAGCGUUUAUGACUUAAUACUAGUUUCCGAUAGCGGUAUAAAGAUGAAAAAUGAUACCCUUCUCGAUAUGGUAGCGUACAUGACUGAUAAAACUGGUUUGGUUCAUCAGAUGCCGUACACCAGCGACAAAGAAGGAUUUCCAGCCGUCCUCGAGAAGAUCUACUUCGGGACCGUCCAGUCUAGGAUAUACCUAGCGGCAGAUUUCCUUCGUAGGAACUGCCACACCGGGAUGUCGACUCUGCUCAGAAAAUCCGUGCUGGAAGGUAAAGGGGGAUUGAAAACUUUCGGUUGUUAUCUGGCGGAAGAUUUCUUCAUAUGCAGAUACUUCAAGGAGAAGGGAUGGAGGACGACGAUCAGCAGCCAACCAGCCAUGCAGAAUUCUGGAGUUUGCGACAUCAGCUAUUUCCAGGCUAGGAUGACGCGUUGGGCGCAGCUUCGAGUAGCUAUGAUACCCUUAGUCAUUAUCUUCGAGCCCUUAUCAGAAUGUAUGGUCAUAGGAGUUUUUGCAGCUUGGGCAUCCUCUGUCUUAUUCCAGUGGAAUUACACAACGUUCUAUCUCACGCAUAUUCUGACCUGGUUCUUGUGCGACUGGAUCCUGAUAACGACAGUUCAGAACGGAGCCCUGCCUUUCAAUAAAUUCAAAUUUGUGGUUGGGUGGUUGGUGAGGGAAUGCUCAGGUCCUUAUAUAUUCUUCAACGCGCUUAUAACACCCGACAUACAGUGGAGGAAUAGGGUGUUCAAGUUGUCUUGGGGCGGUGUUAUAAAAGAUUUCGCCACGGUUUGAUUGGUGAGGUGUGCAGCGAUAGGAAUUGUCUUUACACGUGGGGUUUAAAGUGAUAUUGGUGGUAUUGUAUCGGUGAUAUAGAAGGUUAGGUUGCAAUUUGAUGUGUGGGAUCUGCAUCUCUAUAUAAUUAUAUGUUUUUAAUCGAUUUUAUUUCAUAUUUUUUUAUGAUUGAAUUUAGAUGGAGAGAACUGGUGAA